GCCCGGAUUUCGCAUCUCUCAAAUACAUCGCCAUUGCUUCCUCUUACCAAGCACCACAUCUUUACCCUCUGUCGCCCUCUUCGUCUACAUCCCAUCGCAUUCACGCUGCUUAGCUGUAUCUUUGCUACGACCUUUGCGUCGUGAUAUGCUGCAAAGUUAGAGACAUUCCUAUCUUCCCAGAACUGUUGACAGCGUCUCCUCUUUCGGGCAUCGAGCGCCCAAGCUUGUCUACGCUUGCCAUCUGCGACACUGAAUACCUGUGCGAAAUCCAAUCAUUCCGUUGACGGCGAUCCCUUCUCAGCUGUGAGCAGUGAUGGCGCCCUCGCUGGUGCAUCCUGCCAGUUACGGCCAGGUCAUCGAAUACAUCCAAGAUCGCCUCUACCUCGCGUCCUACACUCAAGCACCCAACGAGCAUACUCCUUUCCCGUAUCCCGCGCAGGCAAAGAAAUCGCCGCAAAAGAAAUCCUCCAAAGCGCAGUCGGGUCCCACUCUUACCGUUCUACGGCCACCUCCAGUCUACUUCACCAUCGACGACACUCUUCUGUACAAUGCUUUCCACGCCGACUUCGGUCCCUUGCACAUUGGCCACCUCUAUAGGUUCGCCGUCCAAUUCCAUGAAAUCCUGGGUGACCCAGCGAACAACGACAAAGCCGUCGUAUUUUGGAGCAGAGCUGAUGCGAGGAGCCGAGCAAAUGCUGCGUGUCUUGUCGCAUGCUAUAUGGUCCUGAUCCAAGCGUGGCCUCCUCAUCUUGCGCUUGCGCCCAUCGCCCAAGCUGAUCCUCCAUACAUGCCCUUCAGAGACGCAGGGUACAGUCAGGCAGACUUCAUUCUCAACAUCCAGGAUGUUGUGUACGGCGUCUGGAAGGCCAAGGAAGAAAAUUUGUGUCAGCUCAAGGAGUUCAAUCUUGAAGAGUACGAACGAUUCGAACGAGUUGAUCAGGGAGAUUUCAACUGGAUUUGUCCACAAUUUGUUGCCUUUGCAUCUCCUCAAUCUGAGCCAACAGUACCAAUCCCCAUCUCAUCUCCGGCCUAUGCGACACUGCCAUCUUGCAUCCCAGAAAUUCAACGUGCCAGAAUACCCCAACCCUUCAAGAACGUCCUUGCCCAUUUCGUCCAACGUGACGUUGGUUUGGUUGUGCGACUCAACUCGGAGCUCUACUGUCCAACAUAUUUUACUGCUCUCGGCAUUCAACACAUUGAUAUGAUCUUUGAAGAUGGGACCUGUCCCGCCCUUCCCAUUGUCCGAAAGUUCAUCAAGCUGGCCCACGACAGCAUUGCAAAGAGCAAAGCCAUCGCCGUCCACUGCAAGGCCGGUCUCGGCAGAACUGGGUGCUUGAUCGGAGCCUAUUUGAUCUAUCGCCAUGGCUUCACCGCAAACGAAGUCAUCUCUUUCAUGCGAUUCAUGCGUCCUGGAAUGGUGGUUGGACCACAGCAACACUGGCUGCAUCUCAAUCAGGGACAGUUCCGAGAAUGGUAUUUGGAGGAUCAGUGGAAGGCAAAGAUGGAGCUGAACAAACCCUCGACGCCUCGCAUCAUGUCGGCGAAGACACCAAUGCGUCUUUCCAGCGGAGCACAGGCUGCGACUCCUGAACGAUCGAGCGCCCAAAGAACUGCUCUAGGUGAAAUCGAUGGCAAUGACGUCUCGAAUGCUGGAGCUUAUCAGGACGAAAACCUGCCAGCCCCAACGCCAGGUCAACCUCGAAAGUAUGCUCGAAUGGAUCCUCGAAGCCACCCCUAUGCUCGCUCGACUUCUGGCGCCAUGCGCGUCAAUGGCAACAAGUCUGAGAGUGAAGUUGCGACUGUCGAGACACAUCGACUCAGUACCAAUGGCGCGGAAAGCGAAGAGGAGCUCAUUUUACAACGAGCGGCAUCGCGCCGAAGUCAAAGCAAGAGCCCCGGCAGUAAAGGUAAAGCUCGCAGCGUUUCGUACACAACCACAACGACAACCAUGACCAAGACCUUCGACGUAGGCGAUACGAUGGGCAUCUACGAGGACGAUGGCGACAUUAAUUUCCAAAUAGAGGACACGAACGCCAUUUGGGACGAGCUCGCUCAGGAACAAGAGAAUCUCAAGCUCAGCACCAUGACUGAGAAAGGCCAGAAUGGAGCCGCUCGACCAAAGACUCCACGGUCUGCCAGUGGAAUGGGGGCCAUGGGUGUUUCAAAGACCCGGUCGCUUAGGGAGUCACCACGCCGCAAUGGAGUCGAGGAUAAGAUGAAGGUCAGAAAGACAAGUGGACGUGUUGGCAGUGCCAGUCACGGACCAGUUGGUGUGAAGCGGUAGUGUUGCGAAUUUCACGACCAGCUGAGCAUUUCGUUAUGACCAAACUGCAACGACAUGGUGCUGGAUAGUCACGUACUUACUGAAGACCGACAACGGCCACAAAAGAGAGGCAUCGGCGAAUUAUGGAGUCACUCAUUCCGACAGGAGACAUGUACAUUCACAUUUGGAGUGUUACGAAUGGUGUGGUUAUGGUGCAACCUCGGGCAGAGCAUGAAAAUAUUGUGUAUUCUCUUGACCGCAUGAAUUGGACUCAGCAUGAAAUGGCAAUGGCGCAGACAGGAGCAACAAGGAGUGAAAGACGGGGUUUCUGGCUAGCAACGAUAAUGGACGGUUGGCCAGUUGAUACUGUGUGAUUGUGUGCGCGUCCUCUGCGACCGUCGAGCCUUGUACUUCGUGAUUCAACUUGAAACCGUUAUGCAAAUGAUAUUCCUAUUGUCAGAGAGAGCGAAUACAUUGAGAGUAUGUGCAC